UUGACUUCUUCUUCCCUGACCAUUUCUCUGUCUCCCUCUCUCUCGGUCUCCUAACAAAAUCAACGGGAAUUUUUAUAGCAAAAAGAAAAAAAAUCCGGAUUAUCUUCCAAAAAAAAGCCCAUCUGUUUCAUCCAAAAUACUUCCCAUUUCACAAGUGAGCGGGAGAGAAAGAGGCUGGUGAUUACUAUGUCGUGGAUAAGAACAGCGGUGAACAAAGCAGUGGAAGCUGGGGGCAGGAACACUCGCACUGUCCGCGACUACGCUGGCUAUGCUGUCUCCGAGGGAGCCAAGAUCAUCCACGACCGCAUUGGUCCUGGGAACUUGAAAAGCUUUAAGCACACCGUGAAACAAUUGGAAGAAGUUUCUGUAUCGUGUAGAGGGAUAGAAAGAGUUCAGUUACUGAGGAGGUGGUUGGUUGCACUUAAAGAAAUAGAGAGAUUAUCCGAUGUUUAUCGGGAGAACAAUGAAAAGAAUCCCGAGGAGCAGCUGACAUCUGAUGAAUCCAAGGACUCUCCUAGAAAACCCACUUUGGUUUAUUAUGUAGAUUCUGACAUGGGUGGUGUACAUUUGACUUUUCGUGAUGCCUUUCUUCAAAGCCAAGCUCUUGAAGGCAUAACGUUGUCUAUGAUUCUUGAAGCACCAAAUGAUGAAGAAGUUUCACUACUUCUGGAGAUAUAUGGGCUGUGUCUUACAGGAGGAAAGGAAGUUCAUAAUACAGUAAUGAGCAGCAUACAGAAUUUGGCAAAAGCAUUCUCAGGCUACCAAGAUGAAGUACUGGUAAAGCGAGAAGAAUUGCUCCAGUAUGCUCAAGGUGCAAUUUCAGGGUUGAAAAUAAAUGCUGAUCUUGAAAGAAUAGAUGCUGAAGCUUGCAGACUAAAGGAAAAACUUGAUAAAAUGAAGGCAUCCCAGUGUCCUUCAAAUGAGGGCUGUGAAAAAUCAGCUGAAGAAACAAAUUCUGUAACGAUAGAGGCUCUACAAGAAGCAAUUGCGCAAAUUGGACUAUGUUCCAAGUUCGAGGCACUCUUACUAAGGAAAAAACCCUUGAGUAAUGGGGAUUCUUCAGAACUUCAUGCUGAAAAGAUAGAUAAAUUGAAAAUACUAUCGGAAUCUCUUGCUAACUCUACCUCCAAAGCCGAAAAGCGCAUGUUAGACCACAGGUAUCAGAAAGAAGAAGCUCUCAACUUUCGCGUGGCAAAAGGCAAUGAAGUUACCCAACUUGAGAAGGAAUUGGUGGGGGAGAUUGGAGAACUAGAGAAGCAAAGAGAUGAACUUGAAGCUAAAUUAAAAAAGGUCAAUAACUCUUUGGCUGCCACUCGUGCACGGCUACACAAUGUGAGAGAAGAAAGAGAGAAUUUUGAUGAAGCUAGUAAUGAGAUUCUUGCACACUUGAAAACAAAGGAAGAUGAGCUGUUGAGAUCGAUUUCUUCCUAUAGAUUAGAAGGUAAAGCUGUUGAUACAUGGAUCAAUUUUCUGGAAGAUACCUGGGUUCUCCAGACCUCGUAUGCAGAGCAAUGGGAGAAGCAGAUCAAUGGUGAACUGGAGAGAUAUGGAGACUAUUUUGUGAAUUUGGUUAUUCAUCUUCUCUCUACUUACAAGGAAUGGUUGGGGCCUUCCAUUUCUUGUACUAGGAAAAUUGUGGACAGCUUGAGUUCAAGUCAACGGUUAGAAAUAUCGCCUAGCAUAGAUGAGAGUUUCAAAGUAACAAAACCAAGGAAAAAUCUUGAGGAAGAGUAUUUGGGUGUUGAAGCCAAGUUUGUAACCACUUUAAGUGUUGUGGACACCAUGAAAAAGCAGUUCUACAUUCAAAAAGAAGGCAUUUUCAGGAAAGAUGAUCAAAAGGUGAAAGAGCUGUUUGAUGCCCUAGAGAAAAUAAAUUAUGAAUUUGAAUCAAUUGAGAGACCGAAAUUGGAAAUCGAGACUCCAACUCGGAAGUUAGCGACACCAUCCAGCAGUGGCCGCCAUCGAAGUUAUUUCCGUACCUCUGAACACAAUGCAGAGUCAUUGGAAGACAAACAAGAUGAGGCCUCAAUUCAGAGAGUAAAAGCAGAGCCAAAAUUUGGAAAGGUUGGUGGAGAUGACUUGGCAGAGGAGAUUGGUGACUGGGAGUUUGAUGUUCUUCAAGAGGACAUAAAAACCAGCAGCUGACCAUCAAGGAGAUGGGAAGCAAAAAAAUCAUCUGAUGUUUUAUUCAUGGGAAAAGAAAGAAAGCAUUUCUCCAUACAAGAGUAAAACAAUCACUCCCCAACCGCUGCAAAUCCAAUGGGAAUUUAAAAGUGUAUACAUAAACUUAUUUUUAUCAUCUGUUAAAAACUUCCGAAAUUGUGAAUCGAGCUUGAGCUAUUU